GGCAGUGCCAAAAAAUCAUCAUCUGCCCUGCCCUGAUCUCCGCACCACCUGCUCUUCACCUCCGCCAUCACCUACUCCCCAGCCCAGCUCCUUCCACCUCCUCCCUGGUGACUCAGCUCCCUCUCUCACCACGGCCACAGCGGCUCCCGGAUCUAACCAGUCGCACCGCCGCCGCACAGCAACAGUCCGAACAGGUACCAUUCUCUGGCCAACUAAUCAUACUUUUAAAUCGUGGGUGAAAUUACCGCUAUAGCGGCGCUAUCGCGGUUCAGAAUCUUCCCCGCGAUUUGCUUCCUUCCCAAAAUCGCGGGCGAUCGCGCCAAUUUCGGCGGAGAUCGCGGCCUUCCUUCCUAUAAUUUCGCUGCCAAUUUUCCUUCCGCUAAACUCCUUUGCCCGCGAUUUAAAAGUAUGGUGCCUCACGUCGUCCAUCCCUGCAUCCGACCAGGGGAUCCGAUGGCGGACGCCGCCCUCAGCGCGGCUCAAUGGGUGGUGGGUAAGGCGCUAGCCCCCGUUGCAGAUGGCGUGCUGGAGGCUUGGGCGGCCACCAGGAACUUUGGUCCCAGCAUCGAGGCCCUCAGGAUGGAACUGUUGCUCGUGCAGGCGACGCUCGAAAAUGCUGCCGGCAAGGAGAUCUGCGGUACGGCCAUGGAGGAGCUGCUGCAGAUGCUGCGGGACUCGGCACACAAUGCCGAGGACUUGUUGGACGAGCUGGACUACUUCCGCAUCCAUGAUGAGCUCCACGGCACGCACGAUGCUGCUGACGAGCAUGGCAGGAGUGGCAUCCAUGGCCUUGUCCUCAAUGCUUGUCACGUCGCCAAAGCUGUUGGCAAACAUCUGCCAUCUUUGCCCGCGUACUGGUUUGGCGCCAAUGCUGGUGAUCCCCGACAACAAGAUGCAACACAAAGUGCCAACUCUUUUGUUUGGCCACGUGGUAGGAAGAGGUUACGUGACGAUUCCUCCUCGGAGCCAAAUGCCAAUCAGGCUGAUGAGGAGGUCAGCAGACGCAAGAAGCACCAAAUCUUGAUGUUUAAUAGGGUUGAUUUCGCCCAAAGGAUGAAGGACAUUGUAGAGAAAAUGCACCCUGUGCGUAAGGAUGUUAAUGAGAUUCUGCUGGGUUGUGGCCCUAGAACUGUCCCAGACAUUGCGCAACAUCGUCCCACCACCACACCUCAGAGUGCAGAGCCAAAACUAUAUGGGAGGGACUGUGUCAUGAAUAGCAUCAUACAUGAUAUCAUUGAGGGUCAAUACUGUGACAAGGGUCUAACUGUGCUUCCUGUUAUUGGUCCGGGGGGAAUGGGGAAGACAACUCUGAUACAACACAUAUAUAACAACCAACAAGUGCAGAAUCAUUUUCUGGUCAGGAUUUGGAUAUGUGUGUCAUUCAGUUUCAACCUGGACAAGGUGCUAGAACAGAUUAAAAAGUAUACUCCUAAAGUGGAAGGUGAAAAGGAGUGUAUUAGACCAGAAGAAUUGAUUAAACACAGAUUGAAACACAAAAGGUUCUUACUUGUAUUGGAUGAUAUAUGGCAGUUUACUGAUGUGGAUGACUGGAAAAAACUAUUAUUGAUACUCGGCAAGUCACAAGAAAAUGGUUCCAUGAUUCUAGUCACAACUCGGCAUAAAAAAAUAGCAGAUCAAGUUAAGAAAACUGAAGAACCAAAAGAACUGGACGGUUUAGAACCUGGAGAGUUUAGGAAGUUAUUCCUAAUAUAUGUCUUUGAUGCUGAGCAAUACCCAGAGGAUAAACGUCAUUUGCUUCACAUUGGAGAUAAGAUAAUGGAAAAACUGAAGGGCUCCCCUCUUGCAGCAAAGACCGUUGGCAGAUUAUUGAGGACAAACCUUAGUUUGGCUCAUUGGAGAAUGGUCCUAAAAAGUAAAAAAUGGGCGAAGGAGACCGAUGACAAUGGAAUUAUGCCUGCCUUGGAGCUUAGCUAUGACUUUCUCCCUUUCCAUUUGCAAAGGUGUUUUUCCUAUUCUGCAUUAUUUCCUGAAGAUUACCAUUUCAGAAGCCAUGAGCUCAUCAGCCUAUGGACCGGACUAGAUAUUUUGACACCUUCUGAUCAAAACCCAACCUUUGAAGGCACGGGUCUGAGCAUUUUAAAUGACUUAGUCAUCCAUGGAUUUUUAAGAGAAUAUAAAACUAAUGGUGAUAUGCGGUAUGUUAUGCAUGACCUAUUGCAUGAGUUGGCAUUGAAGGUUGCAUCACAUGAUUGCCUUAAUUUUCGCCUCCCUGAUGUUGGAUCGGUACAAGUUAAGCCAUCCACCCGACACCUGUCGAUAAGUAUAGAGAACUUGGGUGAAUAUAAUGGUCAAAAAUUAAAGAGGGAAUUGGAAAAACUGAAGACAAGUUUGAAGAUUGAACAUUUGCAAACACUGAUGUUAUUUGGAGCAACGGAUGAAGGUUUUGCUAAGAUAUUUGGUGAUUUUCUUGGGGAAGCAAAUGCUCUCCGUGUUCUUUAUUUACCCCACCUGAAGUAUCCAGUGGAGUCUAUGGUACAUAACUUUUCAAGACUUGUCCACCUACGAUUCCUAUGUCUAGGGACAUUGAAGAGUAAGGUGCCCAUUAUUUUACCACUUAACAUCUCUAAAUUUUACCAUCUAAGGGUUCUAGAUCUUAAGUCAUGGUCUGGCAGUAGCAGGGGCGGAGCCAGCCCAGCGGGCCGCCCUGGGCCCUCUUCAUAUACUGUAGCAGAUGUGGAUAGUAAAUCGCUACGGUACAGGAAGAAAUUGGGCCUCACGCCCCGGGCCUGGGCCCUAGGGGCCAGGGGCCUGUAUCCGCCACAGGGUAGUAGUGAUUUUCCUGAAGACAUGAGCAACCUUGCAAAAUUGUGCCAUUAUUAUACUCCAAGAGAUGAUGAGCUUCAUUCUAACAUUUGUAAUGUGGGAAAACUUGAACUCUUGGAAAAGUUAAAGGUAUUUCGAAUCAAUAAAAAAAGUGAAGGAUUUGAACCAAAGCAACUAGAGCAUUUGACCAAGCUGUGUGAGCUUGGCAUCUACAACCUUGAGAAAAUACAUACGGAAGAUGAGGCAGCUCAAGUAAAACUCAAUGAGAAAAAGUGCUUGAGAAGGUUAACAUUGGACUGGGAUAGUGAGCAAUCUAGUGUUGAGCCUGGUGUGGAAGCAGUGGUUCUUGAGUGCCUUCGACCACAUGAAAAUCUUGAUGUGUUAUGCAUUAGAGGGCACAGAGGCCCCACUUGUCCAACAUGGCUGGGUGAUGAGCAUGCUGUUGAAACUCUGCAAUCUCUUUGUCUUUAUGCUGUUUCUUGGAAGGUUUUCCCUUCUUUACGGAACAUGGGGGAUCUUUGUGAACUUGAGAUACAAGGCUGUCCAGGAUUCUCAUCAGUGAUUUCCAUGUCCUGGAUUGAAAAUCUGCGCCGUGUCAUGGUAAAACAUGUAAAGUUACUAGAAAAGUUUGAGUACUCAAAAUCAUCAGAUGGAGUAGAAUUGAAAAUUAAGGGAAAGCAUGGUCUGCAUGGCUUAGAUCAAGUGUUAGUUUUCGAUAAAGAAACAAGUCUUGAGAAGCUGACACUUAAGAGGUGCCCACCUCUGGAGUUGAAGCACCUUCCGAUGCUAACCUCGUUGAAGACAUUGAUUGUAGAAAAUUCAGAAAGUCUGGUUGGACCACUAGGAGGUCAGGGUAAUGGGGAAUGGCAGCUGCCUGUUGAGCACAUCAAGAUCAGCAACUUGAAUGGUAAUAGUGGGAAGGAAUUGACAGAGCUCUUACCCCACCUCCCAAAGCUCUCCAAUUUGGAUAUACAGCAUUGUAAAAACAUAGAACAGCUGGUGGUGGGGGUGAAUGUGCAACAAACAACACCAGCAACAUCAGAGCUGGUCUUCCCAGCUCAUCUCUUUGACUCAUUACGGGAAUUGAAGUUCUAUGCCUGCCAAGAGCUGGUCCUGGUGGACCCACCAACUCUUCUUCCUCGAGGAGUAUGGCUCCAAGCCUUGCGAUCACUUCAGAGAUUAACAAUACAGGAGUGCCCAAAGUUUCUAUCCGCCUUCUCGUUUUCUGGUCACCUUUUUCCUUCCUCCCUGGAGUUCCUGAAGCUUACGGGUGUUAAAGGCAUGGGGACAGUAGAGCCCCUCUCAAACCUCUCCUCCCUUACCAGAUUAGAAUUGUAUCGGUGCGGAGAGGAUCUAAAAUGUCAAGGCUUGCAGUCUCUCCUUACCACCAGUGGCCAACUCAACAAAUUAAGAGUCAUAGGUAGCCCUGGUUUCUUUGCUAAUUGGGUUCCCAAUCCCGAGCGGGAGUUGGAGGAUGUUCAAGGAGGAGAAGAGCAGCCUGUUUCAUCGACACUGCAGGAGCUCUACACGUAUGUUGACGAGGGACUCCUUUCUGCACCCGUCUGCAGCGUCCUCUCUUCCUCCCUCACCAUGCUGAAACUUCAAGGGGGUGGGUGUGAAGGGAUGGAGCGCUUCAGCAAGGAGCAGGAGGACGCCUUUCAGCUCCUCUCCUCCCUCCAGCAACUUCACUUUUCGUGUUUCCAGAAGCUUCAACAACUUCCUGCAGGACUGCGCAACCUUACCAGCCUCAAGGAAUUAAUGAUCUACGACUGUCCAGCUAUCUCGUCAUUGCCCAAGGAUGGCCUCCCCAAAUCACUGCAAAAGUUAUGGGUCAGCAACUGCGGCAACCAGGAGCUAAUACAGCAGUGCAGGGGUUUGAAGGACAUCAUGCAUGACAUUCUUAUAAACACAAUUGCCACAUGCAUGACAUGAGGGCCAUGUGGCUGCCGCUGUAUCAUAUCAAUUUGGCGUUCAUUCCAUCUUAUAGGCUUCUUCAAAUUUUGCAUUUAAAUUUGGGUUAUUGUCAUUGAUCAAGAGGUGGUAGUCUACUUGCCCAAUUUGGGUUUUACAAUCAGAAUUAUGGGAUAAACGAGAUACUCAUAUAAGGUGUUCUCGUGCUUCUGAUGUCUUGCACCUACUUGGCCGUCAGUACCGUUUGUGUUUAUAUUCGUCCAAAACUCAUGAAGACUUGAUGGUGUAUCUGCAAAGUUCAAUUUUGAUAUUCAAAAGGUCAUCAUGGCAUAAUUAUGAAAAGCACCCGGUUUCCUGUGUUCUGCCACCAAUAAGGUUUGCAUUUUUGUAUCCAGUCUACAUUCAACCAAUACCAGGUAUUCUGCAUUUGCCAUACCUGUUUUUGUUUAAUAAAAUUUAAUUACGCAGAGGAUCUUCACAAGAACAUCCCGAGUACCAUAGCAGUGCACGUGUGCAGCCAAUUUUUAAUGAAACAGUGAAUUUUGCAUUGCAGGGCAUGUGCAAUUUUGAAAUUUCAGAACCCCAUUAAGUCAUCAAGAUGCAUAAUUACAACAGACUGGUAGACCUGCAGGGUAAAAAACUACUCCCAACGACUUGUGCAAAAGGGUGUGUAAACAUCCACGCCCAGUCCACGACGGUACGAGGCGUGGAAAUAUACACGAGCAAGCCACGCUCGUGAGCUCGCGAAAACGAGACGGCUGCUUCGUCCCGCGCCCGCCCGGAGGAAGAAUCGGAGGAGCUCGCCCCUAGGUCCCCGUCGCGUUUCUUCUUCGGCCGUCGCCCAAGAUGGAUGGUGACCAAAGCUUCUUGGACACCAUUGGUUUUGGUUACACACAAACACAACCAGAUAGUCCAAUUGGAGAGCAGGCAACUCCAUCAACUCAGCAUCGUUCUGCAAUAACAGAGAAAGGAAAAUCCAACAAAGGAAAAAAUAAUGGUCUAGUGAUGUCUCAUAGCAGCAUGGGCAAAUACAACUUUGGAUAUUGUUGGGACAGAUCAAAACCGAGAUGCUUAUUGGGAUAGAAUUUCAGAGUACUACAACACACACAAGGAAUCAUCAUGGCCGGAGCGUAAUGCUAAUGCAAUCAAUUGCCGUUACACAACGAUUAACAGAGAGACCUCUAAAUUUUGUGGUUGCCUCCAGCAGAUUUUAAAUAGGCAAGAAAGUGGAAGGACUAUAGAAGAAAAG